CCUCAGAUCUGGUGUACAACUGUCUCCGACAUCUCCUCCCCAUAUGAUAUGUCAUGCUCAUCCGCAUCUUGGCUUGACUUGUUGUCGCGGCUGUCCCGCUCCAUGAGAAAUGGCGGUCUCUGCCUAGAGGCAGCAACAUUCUGCCGAACUAUACGACCAAAGAAAUCGAGUGGUAGCACAGCCUUACAUCCAGAUUGGAUAUCAGAUCAGAUCGUCAUUUGGGGAUUGUGUAUCGGCUGAUCAGUGAUUAGAACCCAAAACAGUCCAAGUGGAGUGGACCAGAAAAGCAAUGGCCAGAACUCUGCCAACUCAACACUUGUUCUUUCCGUCUUUGUCCCUCUGCCCGUCUGUUUGAUAUAUGCAUGCUUCGCCGUUCCCUUUAUCCUUCAUUUAUACCCUUUCAUUCUUUGUCUUGACCAACAACCUCUCGACUUUGUCUACUCGUAGGGGUACACCGCAUAGCAUUAUCUAGGCCACCGAUUUCCCGACUUGGCGGUACCACGGCGUGUCGGAUCGUCUCGUACCUCCACUACAAGGAAACAAAAGGAGACAACAACAAAAAGGGUAGCGAAAAUAUCUACGUCAUUUGUGGUUCAUUAUCAGCAAUUGUGCUGCACUUACGGCUCGUAUCUCAUGCGCUGUGUCAUUGCUUAACCACUCGACCAAACCGUGGGGAUAAUGGCCGAACUCGCCGAUCGUACUGAUCAAAUCACGCUCAAUGACUCGUCGAAGUGCCUGGAGCCUAAGAGUUCCCCAGACUUUGCACCUUUCGUUGCGUCUCACUUGGAGGUGGUUUACAGCUCGCUAAAGUCCUUGUCCGGGGUUGAUUUUCUCCGGGACAUUCAACAUGAGUCUCCUAGUGACGGCGGUGAUAAUGGAACUGCAGACCCCCUCGUCUCUUUAGCAGCGUUCCGGGCGUAUAUGGCCAGUUCGGCCUCUUCUGCCGUACGCCCCAUCAUGCAGCAGAGCCUUUCAGCACCAAUUAACGAUUAUUUCAUUUCUUCGAGCCAUAACACUUACUUAACUGGAAACCAGUUGUAUAGUGAUUCGGAUGCGAGUGCUUAUAUCAACGUCCUUCUGAAUGGAUGUAGAUGUGUUGAGAUUGACGUAUGGGAUGGUGACAAAAGCCCCGACAGCCAAUCCGAUGAUGGGACAAGCAGUAGCAGUAGCGACACAAGCUCGGUCAAAAAGAAAAAGGACGAGUCAAGAAAAGAAAAGCUUAAGAAUAUGGCCAAACGACACUCGCGCUUAGGGUCCAUAUCAUCCAAACUAGGUGGUAUUUUAGGCCAUAAGGCAUCUUCUGGGGAGGACACCGGUGACCCAGUGGAUCCUGCAACCGAAAUUUCACCACUCCCAGAGCCCAAGGUGCUUCAUGGUCACACACUCACCAAAGAGACUACUUUCCGAGAUGUGUGUCAUGCCAUCCGUGAUAGUGCUUUUGUUACUAGCGACCUACCUGUCAUUGUUAGCCUGGAAGUGCAUGCGUCUCUAGAGCAACAACAGGCGAUGGUAGAGAUCAUGGAGGAGGCCUGGAAAGGGAUGUUGGUGGAAGUCACGCCCGAAAGGGAAGCAACUGAACCCCUGCCUGCACCGAAGGAUUUGAUGCGGAAGAUAUUGAUCAAAGUGAAAUACGUGGCACCCACGGGCGAAGACAAAGACGAGGAGACAUCGGGAAAUAACGUUGACGCGCUCGAAGCACUAGAGCAGCACACCAAUCAGGGCGACACAAGUAACACUGCCCACAAGCCAUCUGACAUGCCCCCAAAAAAACCGUCGAAGAUCCUACAUGCUCUAAGCCGACUGGCUGUGUUCACCAAGGGGUUCCACUUCAGUCACUUUGCGCAACCAGAGGCCAAAGUGCCCGGACACGUGUUUUCACUGUCAGAAAGUGCGGCCCGGGCAGCGCAUGCGAAAGAUCCCGAAGCCUUGUUUGAACACAACCGCAGGCACUUCAUGCGUAUCUACCCGUACGGUUUGCGGGUGAACUCCUCAAACCUUGAUCCUAGCUUCUUUUGGCGGCGAGGUGCACAGGUGGUAGCGUUGAACUGGCAGAGCCUGGAUAAGGGAAUGAUGCUUAACAGCGCCAUGUUUGCCGACGAGCAAGGCUGGGUACUCAAACCGCAAGGGUACCGAAGCACCGAUGCGCCCUGUACCAUCGUGCGUCACCAGCUCGACCUUUCCAUAGAGAUCCUUGCCGGUCAGAAUAUCCCCCUACCUCCAGGUGACACUAACGAGAAGGGGUUUCAUCCGUAUGUGGUUUGCGAUUUGCAUACCGAAACACCCGAGGAUACCAGUUCCCCCAACGGGGAAGAUGACGGCGAGUCAGAGACAUCUAGCUACAAACAAACGACCAAGAGUGCUACGGGGGCCAGCCCGGACUUUGAAGGCCAAGUGAUCCAGUUUCCAACGUUGUCAGGGCUAGUCGAAGAUUUAACAUUUGUCCGAUUUAAAGUCAAAGACAACGAAUUUGGUCGAGACUCCAUGGCCGCCUGGGCAUGUAUCAAACUAAGUCGUCUCCAAGAGGGCUAUCGCCUAAUCCACCUGUAUGACUGUUCAGGAGGAAAAACCGACGGUGUCCUACUCGUUCGAAUCAUCAAACGGGUCGCUUAAACUUGUUAGUGUUUGAUAAUCUCGAAGGCAUCUGAACCCUGGGUGGCAAAAAAUGAAAAGAAAAGAAAAAGAGCAGGGAAAUGAAUAAGCAAAGAAAUAAAACGGGAAUAAUAAAAAAGAAAAAUGAUCCGGAGUCGACAUUGCAGAUAAACUGGUCGGAAUUCAAAAAUAUGCAGCCUAUCCCUUAUUUCAGUGAUUUCGCGCAUCCGCGGAGGCCUUUACGUCCCAUCAAUUAUCUUGAAUCUCACCUUGCAAUUAAGCGGCUAUCAGACAUGAAUGAGAGACUAGCCCUUGGCCCGCUAGCCACGUAGCCGAUCAUCCUGUAACCGUGCUAUCAGUCUAGCACACUACACUCAAACUCGCUUUUUGCGGUGUUUUUAGCGCGAGCAUGACUCGGCUUAUCCCACUUAGUUAAUAUAUAUAUGGAAUCUGAG